AUGGGUGAGAAUAUCGCGGGUCAAGGUCGUGGUGGGAUGGAUAAAUUUAUUUAUACCGACGCCUACGAAAAUGGCGGAGAUAUAAGAUGUGUAUUUUUUAGAAUGUAUUCUGAAAUAACUGAGCUCUAUAAAGCUAUAAAAUCUGAUUCAACAGUUCAAAAUUACGAUGUACUGCGCACACGUGCAGCGGCGGGCGGUCGAGAUUUGCCGUCGUUAUUGCUUCGAGAGCCGCGCGACUGGAGUUUGAGUUGUCGUGGUUGGGGCCGCCGAUUGGUAAUCGACAGAUUGCUCCGUGAAUUAUCUGAUCAAGACCUCGGUGAAAAAAUCUACGCAUUUUGGAAGGACCAUCUUCACGAUCAUUUUCUGCAUUUUAUUACGUGUUGUUCGUGA